AUGUCACCUUCAAACCCAUCUUCUCCAGUGGAUCAGGUAUCCCCGUCUGUCUAUGACAGCGAUGACGAGAAGUCCGUAUUUAUUGCCUCCAUUCAGUAUAAUGAUGAGUCUUUUUUGAUUGAUGUCCCGGAGGAUAAAUCGAUUGGCACCUUGAAAGAGAAGCUGCAAUUGUACACAUGCCUUCAGCCGUCAGAAAUGCGGCUGAUUGUACGAGGCAGGAUUUUCCAGGAUUCCGAGUUGCUUGCCAAUAUAAGUCCCGAUGAUACAUUCACACUUGUAAAAAUUAUUGCUAAUAACUCUACCAACCCUAAUAACAAUAGCUCCAUCUCCUCCUCGUCGUCUGAUCAACAUUUUGCGACCGAAAGGGGAUUUGAUGCAAACAUUUUGAAAAUGAUGUCCUCAAUGAUGAAAACACCAUCGUUUCAAGACAUGUUUAAGAAAAUGCCCUCGUCAAUUCUGGGAAAUUCCUCGUCAGACCCUGCCAUCAAAAGCUUGAUGGAGAAAAACCCGGAGCUCGAGCAUAUCCUCAACGAUCCAGCAAUCAUCAAAGAGACCAUGAAGGCAUUUGAAAAUCCCGCAUUGCAACGAGAAAUGAUGAGGAACCAGGAUCUAGCGAUGAGCAACAUUGAAAUGCUGCCUGAGGGCUUUAAUGCCCUCAGAAGAUCCUAUGCCAACAUUCAAAAACCCCUCCUAGAUGCAAUGGACGAAUCCAUGUCCAGAAACCCAGUUUUAAAAGAUAGCCUACUUGCAUCUUCAAUUACACAGAAAACAGUCAACAAAGAGCCCAUUCCAAAUCCCUGGAAUCCAGCGGCAAAGUCUAAGCUACGCGGUUCCGCUCCAGGAAGCAAGUCGACAAUGUUUCUCUCAAAAUUGGCUGACAUGAAAGAAAUGGGAUUUACAAACGAAGAGGAAAAUGCUCGGGUUUUAACGCUCUGUGAAGAAAAUCUUGACAUGGCUAUUAACAUUUUAUUAGCUUCAAGGACAUCUGGCGGGGAAAAGAAACAAUAA